UGUUUACACAGUGGUUUAUUCUAAAAUUUCGUAUAAUUCAUGAGAUGUAUGUAACUUAAAAUGGGAUUUUAUAGGGAACGUAUUCUUUGGUAUCUUGCCAAUGGGCUACUGCUACUGCUUGUGGGCUUUUAUGUUUAUAUGACUCCUUAUACGAAAGUGGAAGAGUCUUUCUCAAUGCAGGCUAUUCAUGAUAUCCAGACGUACAAAUUGGAUCUUUCAAAGUACGAUCAUCAAAAGUUUCCUGGAUCCGUUAAGAGGAGCUUUAUCCCUAGUCUUAUUAUAGCUCUCGUUUCCUACUUGCCUGCUAAACACUUUUCUUCCCUUUUGGCUGUACGAUGGACCAUUGGCUUCCUUACGUGUGAAAGUUUUGUGGUCAUAGGAAAAGCAUUAAGGAAACGUUUUGGGUUCUGUGCCGGUAUUGCAUUCCUUUUUAUAGUAGGCGCUCAAUUUCACCUUGUGUAUUAUAUGUCAAGACCGUUACCCAAUGUAUAUGGGCUUAUUUUCACAAACUCUGCUCUGGCUUUCCUAUUGCAAGGGCAUUACUAUCCGGUCAUCUCUGUCUUAGUAUUUGCUUCUAUCAUUGUCCGCUCAGAGAUAUUUCUAUUAUUAAGUGUAAUUUCCCUGAGUUUCCUUGCCCAACGUAGAGUCAAAUUAUUUCGACUUUUCAUCAUUGGAUCCUUGUCUUCCAUAACUGCGCUUGCUCUAACAGUUUUCGUGGAUUCAUGGUUUUGGGGAACAUGGUGCUGGCCCGAAUUUCAAGCUUUUACUUUUAAUGUUAUCGAAGGAAAGUCUUCAGAAUGGGGAACAAGCCCAUUUUAUUACUAUUUCUUAAGAAUUCCCUGGAUUAUGCUGAAUCCUACCUUGUUUCUUUUCGGGCUCGUAUCUUUCUUUACUGUCCGUUCGUCAAGAAUCUUACUUUAUGUUCCUUUUGCUUUCGUAUUUAUUUUUUCAUUUUUGAAGCACAAAGAAUGGAGAUUCGUCAGUUACAUCCUUCCAUGGAUCGAUUCAUCCUGCGCAAUUGGUGUGGCAUGUCUCAUACGGCAAAGGAAUCAUCAAAGGAUGAAGAUAAGCAUUAAGAAGCUGGCUAUAUUUAUAUUUUUUUCUGGAAUUUCUUUCGGACUUUUCGCAAGUGCUCUAUUACUAAGGAUUUUUACAUUUGCUUAUCCAGGAGGCGUGGCACUGGAAAAUCUACAUUCAGUGAACAAAAACUCAUUCGAGACCGUUCACUUAGACACCUAUCCUUGUAUGACCGGUAUUACACGUUUCUUGCAAAAACCAAACUGGUAUUAUGAUAAAGAGGAAGAUUCUUCACGUUUAAAUGACGAUCUGUUUCAAACCCAAUUUCAUUAUAUCAUUACCGAUACUCCAAGACUUUACGAAAGAAAUUUUGAAGUUUUGCAAACUAUCGGGGAAAAUCCCAAAAUUCCUUUGAUACCUGAUUUUAUGAGAGAGUGGGUUACCUUUGAUUUGAGCGUUACAAAUUCUGCCUUUCCCGUGUACGUUUUAGUUCAGCCACCGACUAUGGCGGAUGAAGUAUCAAUAAACGAUUAUAAUAAAUAUAUUGGUCAAUCUGUGAGCAACAUACAAAAAUGGCCAAAGGUGUUUCGAAUUGUUAAACCAGGAACCCUUCUGACUCGAGAUUAUCGUGAAGAGCGAUUGAACUUUUUUACUACAGAAGAUGGAAUUCUGGAUCAUAUUACCCAAGGUUAAAUAAAUAUCUGUAAACCUCUACAACCUAACAGAGUUCAAUUUUAAUUAUCGGGAACAUAAUAUUUAAGACGAAUGUAUAACGAUGUAAAUAUAUUUAUACAUAACAGUGAAUUAUUGCUAUAUGUGGUCAUUACUAAGUACAAAACAUGAAUAUAUAUACGAAAUAAGUAUAUUGUGACGUAUAUUAAUGUAUAGUACUAAAACCCAACUAGACAUAUACCGGGCACAACGAGCCUAACACAAGCCAAUAAGCUAGAUAUCCAACAGGAGAUGCCAAAUAACCUUUAUAAAAAGGGGGAAAGGAAAGGUCAAAUCAAACGAUGAAACGUGUUUACAAAACACAUAAUGGAUCCAGUUAACAAAAUAAGCUAAUGAGAUGCCCAGAGAGAUUAAAAGAAUGUUGUGAAGAAUACCACAUGAAGUGGAACCACUUUUGGCCUUUUUUUUAUUUGAUCACAAAAAGCGGAAACCAGUUGAUAGUAAGGAAUCUAUUAUAAAUAUCAGAAUAAGAAAGAAGGAAUGAGCUCAACGUGUUGCGAACAUUAGUUUACUGUUGAGCGCAUUGUACACCAGGGUGACCGCCGUCAUCUUCUUCUUCCUCUUCGUCCAUAGCGCUAGCAGUAGUAGGAUUAACGUUGUUAUCAAUGCGAACGGCUUCAGUAGGAUCAACGUUACCAAGAACACACUCCUCAGUAACAGCGUUCUUAGGGGCCUUUUCAACACGACGAGGAGGUAAGACCUGUUCGAGUAAAGCAAGCUUUUCGGCAGGAGCAAAAUUGGGUUCUGGGAAAUCAACAGUGAAACGAACGUAAAGGUUACCAGCUUGGUGGUGGCGUUGAGAGAGCAUACCUUGGCCGGGAAUAACCUUGAGUUCAUUAGGGCGAAUGCAUUCACCAGGGAUGAUGGGGAUGGUCAAAUAACGCUCGUCCAAGUGUUCGAUAACGAUUUGACCACCGGCCAAAGCAGAAAGCAAGUCAACGUGGGCUUCAUAAAAGAGGUGAUCACCGCUGCGCUUGAAUCUAGGAUGUUCCUUAACAUCGACAACAAAUAUAACGUCACCAGGAAUGAUACCAGGAGCUUGUUCACCUUCUUCUUUGAAAAGAAUUUUCUGGCCAUUAUGCAUACCCUUAUCAAUGUGAACAGUGAGUAUCUUACGUUGAGAAACAACCUUGGCACCAUUGCACUCCUUGCAACGGUCUUCGUUGCGGAUGGUUUCUCCUUCACCGUUACAGUCAGGACAGGUCAUUUGCAUACGCUGGAUCAUAGGACCCAUAGCACGGGUGAUGAACUUGACACCAGAACCGCUACAAGAGGAACAAGAACGGACAGCACCUUCCUUGCCACCACGGCCACUGCAUUUGCCGCAGAUAACCUUCUUUUGUAAAGCAAGCUUCGAAGUCUUACCACGGUAGAGAUCUUCAAGGGUGACCUUGAUAGUGUGAACCAAGUCUUUACCCUUGCGAGGACCACGGGGCAUGCCACCGCCGAACAUACCGCCCAUGCCUCCCAUGCCGCCGCCGAAGAAGGAAGCAAACAAGUCAUCAGCAGACAUGCCUUCUCCAGCACCACCGCCUUGUAAGCCUUCUUCACCGAAGCGAUCGUAGGUAGAGCGUUUGUCCUCAUCAGAGAGAAUUUCAUAAGCACGGCUAAUUUCCUUGAAUUUAUCACCGGCAUUAGGGUUCUUAUCAGGGUGAUACUUUAAGGCCAAUUUACGAUAGGCUUUCUUCAAAUCGCUAGGAGAAGCAGAAGGAUCAACGCCCAAGGUUUCGUAAAGUUUUGUUUCUUUAGCCAUGAUGCAAUAUUAAUCGAUAAAACGAAAU